AGAAUAAAUAUCCAUGUUUCUUUCAAAUAUUAGCAUACACACGAUAUAUCAUUAUCUUUGAAUACCGUUGAAAUAUAUCGACAUCGAGUGAUAUCGAUAAAUCGACUAAAUAGCGUGCGAAAAGCAGACGAAAACGUUAUGCAAUCUUGCGUGUAUAAAACGUGAAAUAGUGUAAGGACCGAAUUCCAAAGAAUGUCAAAGUGAUUAAAAUAUAAAGUAACAAUGACUGUGGCACAAUACACUAUGUGAUAGUAAGGACAGAUCUAUUCUUAAGAUUGUUUUUCAUUAUUGAGUUUGCAAUUUGUUGCGAAAUACACAACCUCCUUUAUGACCAUGUGACAACUUUCUUUCAAAACAAUAUAAUGAAUAAAAUAUAUAUUUUAUUUCACAAAUUUAUUCUCAUACCAAAUAAUUGUGACAAAGACGUGUCAAACUAAUUGCUAAAUUGAUUGAAGAUAAAUUUGCACAUAAUCCUGAGGUGAAACAUUGAACAAUGCUAAUUAUAAAAAGAUGCCACCAGCUCACUGGAGUUAUCAAUCUGCUGUCUCAUAAUACGUAUCCUAGCUUUACUUUAUUAAACUAUACAGCUAGGAAUCUUCCUAAGCCAUGUACAGAGGUGCGUACUUUAUCCAUAGCACAUAAAAAGUACAAACAUAAAGUGGAUCCCAGUGUGCAAAAAAUUGCUCAUUCUUUGUCAAGAACAAACAAUGCACUGACUCAUGUCAAGUUAGCACAACAGAAAAGAUGCUUGAAUAUUGCCGCAAAGCUAGUCAAUAAUGCCUCACCUAAAGUACAACCAUAUAUGAAACUUAUGAGAAUAGAUAAACCAAUAGGAAGCUGGUUAUUAUUUUGGCCUUGUGGCUGGAGCAUUGCGAUGGCAGCUCCUGUUGGUGCCUUACCAGAUCUCCAAAUGUUAGCACUUUUUGGUACAGGAGCGUUCAUAAUGCGUGGCGCAGGAUGUACCAUAAAUGAUAUGUGGGAUCAGGAUAUUGACAAGAUGGUAGCUAGAACAAAGGAUAGACCUUUGGUAAGCGGUCAAAUAACGCCGAGGCAAUCGUUAAUGUUUCUAGCCGGGCAGUUGAGUCUAGGGUUACUUGUAUUGCUGCAAUUGAAUUGGUAUAGUAUAUUUCUCGGUGCCAGUUCGCUAGGUUUAGUAAUAAUUUAUCCUCUCAUGAAAAGGGUAACAUAUUGGCCGCAAUUAAUUUUGGGCAUGACUUUUAAUUGGGGCGCAUUAUUAGGGUGGUCUGCUAUACGCGGAUCAUGCGAUUGGUCCGUCUGUUUGCCAUUGUAUGUAGCUGGUAUUUGUUGGACUAUUCUGUAUGAUACGAUAUAUGCUCAUCAAGACAGGGUAGAUGACAUUUUGCUGGGCAUUAAAUCGACAGCCAUAAAAUUCGGAGACAGUACGAAAUUCUAUCUAUCUGGAUUUGGAAUGGUUAUGAUUACGAGUUUAAUUGCCUCUGGUGUAUUAACUACUCAAACUUGGCCUUACUAUACUGCUGUUGGAUUAAUUGCAAUGCAUAUUAGCAAUCAAAUAUAUACUUUGAAUAUUAAUAAUCCAACAGAUUGCGCCAAGAAAUUCAUAUCCAAUCACAGAGUGGGCAUGAUACUAUUUAUUGGUAUUGUAUUAGGAAAUUUAAUGAAGAGAUUAUAUGUAAAAGAAGAGAGCAAAGUGGAAGAAAAAACAAAACACCAAAUUCUUUUACUAGAUGAAAUCAAGAAUAGUCGAGAUAAUUUGUAAUUAGUCAGAAUUUUAGAAUAACAUCUUUAAAUUAUAUAGAAUUAGAUGAAACAAAAAACAUAUAUUAGCAAAAAGUAUUUAAUUCGUAUCCAUAUUUAAAUUCUAAGUGUUUGUUUUUAUAUGUUGCAUUAAUUUCAAAUAUUGAAACUUUUUGCAUAUUUGAUAUAUGUAUAUAUAACUAUACAUUUUUAUAUAGAUUUCAUCAAUCAUAAUGUCAAUAUAAUAAUAUUAAUUGUUUACCUCAUUUUUCAACUCAGGAAACAAAAGCUAGACAAACUAUUAAAUUCAUAUUAGAAAAAAUGAUUGCUGUGUUAGAUAUAAUUGUAAAUACUCUACAUUAUGGAAUAAGAUCUUUUUAUACG